AGGAGCCCCAAGUUGUCCAGAAGGGUGCUCAGUUCUGAGAUCUCCUUCUUCUGCCGGGGGUGCUGCACUUGAUCUAGCAAGAUGGAUCCUAUACAAGAGGGACGGGUUGUUAUUGUUGGCAGUGGACUCAUUGGCUGCAGCUGGGCCAUGGUUUUUGCUUCUGGUGGCUUCCAAGUAAAACUUUAUGAUAUUGUGGAAGAACAGAUAAGAAAUGCUUUGGAAAAAAUUGGCAAACAAAUGAAAGAACUAGAAAAGACAGGAAUGCUGAAAGGGUCACUGAAGGCAGAUCAGCAGCUUGCCCUCAUUAGUGGUUGCACAGAUUUAAAAGAAGCAAUUCAGGGUGCCAUUUAUGUUCAGGAAUGUACCCCUGAGAACCUAGAGCUGAAGAAGAAGAUAUUUGGGCAGUUAGACCUUAUUGUCAGUAAUGAUACUAUCUUGAGCAGCUCAACCUCCUGUCUUUUGCCUACAAAACUGUUCACUGGAUUGGCACAUGUGAAACAGUGUAUAGUGGCACAUCCUGUAAACCCACCAUAUUAUGUGCCACUGGUUGAAUUGGUUCCCCACCCAGAAACAGAUCCUUCUACGAUGGAAAAAACGUAUGCUCUGAUGAAGAAGAUUGGUCAGUCACCAGUUAAACUGACAAAAGAGAUAGAUGGGUUUGCUCUGAACCGGCUCCAGUAUGCAGUUAUUAGUGAAGCUUGGAGACUUGUUGGCGAAGGAAUAAUAUCUCCUGUUGAUCUGGACCUUGUGAUGUCUGAUGGUUUAGGAAUGCGAUAUGCUUUUAUGGGGCCUCUGGAAACAAUGCACCUCAAUGCAGAAGGAAUGCUGAACUAUUGUGACAGAUACCGUGAAGGCAUGAUACGUGUCUUGAGAAGUUUUGGGGCAAUACCAGAUUUUGCAGGAGAAACAGAACAGAAAAUCAAUCAGGCAAUGUGUGAAAAAACCCCAGCUGACCCAGAGCACCUAAAUGCUAGGAGACGCUGGAGAGAUGACUUUCUGGUGCGCUUAGCUAAACUGAAAAAGGAAAUUAAAUCUGAUGAGAUGAAUCAUGUUUAAAUCACAGGGCAGGAGUCAUCAGGGUGCAACCCUUAUAUAGGCAGAACUUAAUCAUAGAAGACACACAUGCAAAUAGAAGAGGCCAGUAGAUCUGUGCAACUAUAGUCAGCUAAUUAAGGCUGCAGUCUGUUCAUCUGAAUAUCCUCAGAAGUUAGUUCUGAAAAGAUGAUUUAAAACCAGUCUUAAAAUCCUUGGGGCAGAUGUAUGGGUUUCAGUGGGAAUGCUUGGGGAUAUAUCUGAUUGUGCCUUCACUGCUUUGGGCUAUGGGAAUGUAAGAUUUAAUUCACUUUAAGCAACAUCCUGUGUUUCAGCACCCAGUAACUGCACAAUUGCACUCCCCCAAGUAUUCCCAAGAAUGAGUAAUUUCGGGAUGUUGACCCUUGGAUGUCUUCUUAUCAGUAUCACCUUAAAUGUUAAUAAUGAUUUAAUAGAGAGUACUGAUAAUGUUUAUUAUAAAUAUCUGUGUGUGUGUAGUGGCCAUUUACCCACCCAGGAACAGUUACUGACUGGAGAAGAAUGUAGCUUUUAACUUGGUUACAUCAGUUAUUCUUCCAGUGGUGAGGGAACUUCAGAUCUUAGCAAACAGUUGUUCUUGAAUUAUUGACCAAAUAACUUGCUGCCCCUUCUGUUCAGGUCUUGAGUUAUAUAGUGAUAAAUCAAAUGUACACCUUCUAGUAAUUCUUGCAGUUUUAGAAAUGUUACUGCAAAGCAAUGCAAAGGGAAGAGGGGAAGAUUAUGUAAAUUUUGCAUUUUUCAUCCUACAAUGGAAAUGGAAUAAGACACCUCAGUAAAGCAGUAGGUUAAACUCCUCAUGUAGAGAAGCCCAAAACAUUGACCAUAGACCACAGCUCUAUAUUCAGUAUACAAAAAGUAGCAGAAAAUUAAGCACAAACAAACACUACAUACCAUGGAGUUCUAUACUGUGAGUAAAUGUCUAGUAGAUUAAGAUUUCAAAAGAAAAAGCAUUUGGCAGUUCCACUGGUUAUAAACGUUGUAGCUAUCAAAAGUUUAUCUCAAUUGUCAGAAAUACAGAUCCUAUAAACUCAAUUAUUAUUAAUAUGGCUACAGCUAAUGUUGAAAGUGGCUAAAGCCUUAGUAAUUUUAGGGCUUUUGUCAGCAAUCUUAAGUGUGCAUAUUUGGGAGCAAAUCUGAUUACAAUCAGUGGGAUUUGUGUCUGAAGAAUACCGUUAUGAAGAACCCAGAAAAAGAACCCAUGGUUUGUUCACACAGAGCAACAACCCAUCCCCUGGUUACAUGUGAACCAUGUCUGCAUCUCUGAUUUCUCUCACUAUUGCAAUAAUUUGACAGACAAAGGAGGGGGGGAGAAAUCCUGGAGAAAAACCCUAACCCUAUAGCCUGAGAGAGCCUCACAGAGUACUGUAAUUAAAAGAAUUCCCACUGCCAAUCUCCAUGAAAACAAACUAAAAAAAGUUUGUGUGGAGAAACAGAUGACCUUCAUGUGUUAAUCACAAUGGAUGGUAGCAGCUAACUUUUUGUGAGAUCAAUUUGUCUGGAAGAAGACUUAGUCUGCCAGGCAAGUCCCAAAGCUAAUGUUUAUAGACCACAGACUGGGGAAUGAACUAUUGAUCUCUGCAGCUAAAAGCAGAAGUUCUGUUGCAUAAUCUAUAACAUUGGGGAGUAUAGCUGGUACUGCUGGAGGCUACUUGCUACAUUAGAUUUAUCCAACAAGCAGAGUUUUUCUGUGAUUCCCUCCAUGUCUUAAGUGUUGUAUAUGAUGUUUUAAGAGAAUUAUUGACACAGGAGAAAGCUCAACAGGGGAGCUCCUGUGCUCCAUACUCCUCUUUCAUCUGAAGUGUGCUUACUGGGUACAAGAUACUGUAAUGCCCAGCCCAUUUUCCUCCAAUUGGUGACCAGCCUAGACUUCUCCUUCUUGGAGGCAUUUUGUGGAUCAGUGCAGAUCCUGUUGAGAUAAGCCUUCAAGCUGGAUAAGCCUUAUCACUGUCCUAUAUAAAUGGUUAUAUUGGGCUUUUUCUGAUGGUGUGCAUUGUGCUGCCUUUUUUAAAGAUGAAGUUCUGAUUUUAUUAAUGAUUGCAUGGUGCUUUAGGGGCCCUGUGGCUAAAAAACAACAUAUACAUUUUAAAAACAAAUCUAUAUCAGGAGUACUGUCCGUGCUGCAUAAAUAUGAAUCUGAAAUGCAACUACUUUGUAGGCUGUAAUUACAGUAACAGAUUGGUUAUAAUAUUAUGGUAAAAACAGCAUGAGUUUUAAAAGUUAGCAAAUUUCUUUGAAAGAGAACUGCAUCAUGGUGGACUUAAAAUGCUCCUUUGAGAUCAUUGCAGUGACAUUACUUUCAUUUUGUUAAAUGUGAAAGCCACAUUUGAAAAGCUCAUUUUGUUCUUUUAUGCUUGCUUUUGUUCUGGAAUCACUGAAACUGUCUUAUACAGGGGAAUAUAUUUGUGUUUUACUUGUCAAUAAACAACUGUAAUGACAAA